ACACACACACAAUCUCUCGUGCGCUGCCUCAGCUCUGUGUGCUCAGUCGCGCUCUGGCAGGAGGAAGGAGCGCAUCUUUCUCUCUCCUCCGCGUCCUCUUACACACACUCUCUCUCUCUCUCUCUCUUUCUUACACACACACACACACACAUUUAUACACAGUUAUACACACAAACACACACACGCACACACACACACACAUACACACUCUUAUACACAUCGUCUCUCUGGAGGACGGAAAGUGUGUGCAUCUCUUUCCGUCUCUCCAGAGCUCAAUUACAAGUAUGCCACACUAGGAACACACUCUUACUCUCUCACACACUCUCACUCACUCUUACACACACUCUCUUACACACACUCAUAUACACACACACACACACUCUCAUUCUCGUGCGCGUCUCACGCUGGAGAACCCGUUCCGGAGAAGCGAUGCCAUCUCUCGCUGGUUCCUCAGGCUGGCGAGUCUCGGAGCAGGAUGAACUCUCCCUCCUCCAGUGUCUUCCUCCUCCUCUCCUCCCUCUCUCUCCUCCUCCUCCUCCUCCUGGCGCCUCCUUGCUGUCAAGCCCACCCGGAGCCCUGCCACCUUCUGGCGCGCGUGGGGCACACGCUCCGCCUGGGCGCGCUCCUGCCCACCCGCCAGCCGGCCCGUGUGCAGGCGGCGCUGGGCCGGGCGCUGCUGCACCUGCAGAACUCCCCCGCCGCCCUGCUGCCCUACAACCUGAGCGUGGAGGUGGUGUGGGCAGGGCCGCGGCGGGCGGGCGACCCCGAGACGGCGCUCAGGUGCGUGUGUGAGGAGCUGGUGGUGAACGGGGUCUCCGCCGUGCUGGCGUUCCCGCAGGGGCGCGAGGAGCUCCUGCAGGUGGAGUUCAUGGCCACCUUCCUGGAGAUUCCCUUCGUCAGCAUCAUCGAGCAGGGAGAGCCAAUCAGGACACAGAACCGUUACCACCUGCAGAUGACGACACGUGUGCCCCCUUCUGGCCUGGCUGAUCUCCUGCUGGCGGUGCUGGUGAGGGAGGGGUGGCAGGGGGGCGCUGCUGUCCUCUGUCCAGGUUCUGGUGAUGCUGAGAUACUGGAGCAUCUCCGGUGGCGGGGCAGAACCGGUCUGGACGGGGCGCACUGGCACCUCUGGGAGACCCUCAACCUCUCCCGCUCCCAGAGGGCGGCAGAGAGCCGGGAGGAAGUGGAUAACGAGAAAGAGGAAGAGGUGACCGAGCUCCUCUCCCAGCUCCUGAGCCGGACCCCCUCGGCCCUGUCCUCCAGCGUCCUGCUCUUCGGCUCGGACCCCGAGUGCGUGGCCACCGUCCUGCGGGGGGCGUCCCACCUCAGCCUGACCCUGCACCCCACCCACUGGAUCAUGGGCUUCCCCCUCAGCCUGGACGCCCUGCACUCCAUCGGCUCUCCCCUCGGCCUGCUGGCGUACGGCGAGGUCAACCGCAAACCGCUCAACUUCUACAUCCGGGACGCUCUGCAGCUGAUUGGCCGAGCUGUGUUCGCCGCCACCUCGGUCCGUCCCGACCUGGCGCUCGUCCAGAACGUGGUCAGCUGCUUUGAGAAGCCCAAUAAGCAUGAAGGGCCCUCCUCCGGACAGUACCUGUCCAGAUUCCUGUCCAACACGUCGUUUGAUGGUUUGACGGGUCACAUCCAGGUUCAGGGUUGGCAUUCCAGAGUCUCGACCACCCAGCGCUUCCACAUUUGGAGCCUGCAGAGGGACGCGAUGGGUCAACCAAGUUGGGUGACCGUGGCUGGCUAUCAGGCCGGCCGUCUGGAAGUGGAGGAGCAGGGUCUUUGGCCCGGAGUGACCCAGCGAGUGUCGGACGAAAGCCCGGGAAUCCGUCCCGGAGGCCGCUGGCAGCCCGGACUUCCGGUGGCUGGCAGCCGACUCCGCGUUGUGACUUUAGUGGAGCAUCCGUUCGUUUUUACCAGGGAAGUGGACGACGAGGGUCAGUGUCCUGCUGGCCAGUUGUGUUUGGACCCUCAUACCAACAGCUCGGAUGUUUUAAACCAGCUUUUCCGGGAGUUGGAACAAGCCAACAAUGGAAGCAGUGGUAGCGGUGGCAGCAGUAGUGGCAGCAGUAGCAGCUCCAUUCCCUCGGAAAUUCGUAAGUGCUGCUACGGGUACUGCAUUGACCUGCUGGAGAAGCUGGCGGAGGACAUGCAGUUUGAGUUUGAUCUGUACAUCGUUGGCGACGGUAAAUACGGGGCGUGGAAAGGCGGAGAAUGGACCGGUCUCGUGGGGGAUCUGCUCAGAGGAGCGGCAGACAUGGCCGUCACCAGCUUCAGCAUCAACUCGGCACGGAGCAGAGUCAUAGACUUCACCAGCCCCUUCUUCUCCACCAGCCUGGGCAUCCUGGUGAGGAGUAAGGACACGGCGGCCCCCAUCGGAGCAUUCAUGUGGCCCCUGCACUGGUCCAUGUGGGUGGGAAUAUUCGUGGCGCUUCAUAUAACAGCUCUCUUCCUCACGCUGUACGAGUGGAACAGUCCGUUCGGUAUGACGCCACACGGACGGAACCGAGUCCGAGUGUUCUCCUACUCGUCAGCGCUGAACCUCUGCUACGCCAUCCUGUUCGGCCGGACUGUGGCCAGCAAAACGCCCAAGUGCUGGACUGGGCGCUUCCUCAUGAACCUGUGGGCUAUUUUUUGCCUGCUGGUGCUGUCCAGCUACACGGCCAAUCUGGCGGCGGUCAUGGUGGGAGAAAAAACCUUUGAAGAGGUUUCGGGAAUCCAUGAUGCCAAGCUCCACCACCCGUCACUGGGGUUCCGGUUCGGAACGGUGCGGGAGAGCAGUGCUGAGGAUUAUAUGAAGAAAAGUUUCCCCGAGAUGCACGAGUACAUGAGACGCUUCAACAAGCCCACCACACCUGAAGGGGUCUCCACUCUCAAGACAGAUCCAGCUCAGUUGGACGCGUUCAUCAUGGAUAAAGCCCUGCUGGACUACGAGGUUUCUAUAGACGCUGACUGUAAACUGCUGACCGUAGGAAAGCCCUUCGCUAUUGAAGGUUACGGGAUCGGCUUGCCGCAGAACUCUCCUCUGACCCGUAAUGUAUCGGAGUACGUUAGCCGCUAUAAGUCUGACGGCUACAUGGACAUGCUCCACGAUAAAUGGUAUAAAGUGGUCCCGUGUGGGAAGAGGGUCUUCGCUGUGACAGAGACUCUGCAGAUGGGUAUUCAGCAUUUCUCUGGGCUGUUCGUGUUGCUGUGUGUGGGCGUGGCCGGGGCGUUACUCACCCUGCUGGGAGAACACGCCUUCUACCGGUUCAUCCUCCCCCACCUGCGCCACCAGCACAGGCUCAGGUACUGGCUCCACACCAGCCAGAAGAUUCACCGGGCGUUAAACAUGACGUGUGAUGAGGAGAGUAAAGCAGAAGAAGCCGUCGCAGACAGAAGCCCCUCCUUGUGUCUGUCAGAAAACUGUAACCUCCACCGUGUGCCAUCCGUCGUACCCUCCAUCUCCACCUCCACCUCCAGCGGCUACAGCGCCACCACCAGGUGGAACAACGAAAGCCUCAAGGCCGAGCCCAAAGACGCCAACCACAAGCGCGUCCACUUCAACCUGGAGACCCUCAACAGCUACCGGCUGGAGCACAGCCGGAGGGGAUUGGUGGGCAGCCCCCCCACCCAGCUGUGUGCCAAUGGAGGUCCAUCUCCUGGCCUCAGCCUGGUUCUGUCCCCACCGUCUGGAUCUUCUGGGCGACCCGCUUCUCCUUGGGAAUUAGAGCUCCAGGAACUCCAGGUGAGGAUUGAGGAGUUCCGUCACCAGCUUAGAGCUGCCCUGGCCAGGAGAGCAGAGCUCCAAAGGACUCUGGAGAAAGAGAGACAGAACCGGACCGAGGGUCAGAAAAGUGGGGUUCCUAAUACCAUCCCUACUGGACACUCUCUGAACCCAUCCACUGCCUCCAACAUGGCAACCAAGGACAUCAAUAAGAGAAGAUGAUACGAGUCUGAGUUGCAUGAGGUUGAAUCGUAGGGUACCAGCAAAGUGCAAGUGCAAGGUCCGUCUGUUGAUGGAGGUUCGUCCAGCGAUCACGAUUAUUAGCAUUAGCAUUAGCAUGGAUCAGGGUAUACACUGGGAGGCUAGCCUGACACAAUAAGUGUGUCAAAGUAGCCAAAGAUGCGCUACGACUGGUCAAUAGCCUUGGAUAACCUGGAAUUACCUUCCUGCGAAUUACUAGGCAAACCAAGACAUUGCAAGGAAUUGCAAGGUUAUGGCAAAUGUACCUAGGCAAGGGAUGCCUGUAAUUGAAGAAACCCCCUAUUAAUUUACCUUUGGAAGCUGGUGUCUAGAUGCUUUUGGGCAUAUAGGCCUGGUUUCUCUAAACCAGUUUUGGCUAAAUCCCAAAAUCAAGGCUUUUUAGUUCUAAAUCACAGCCCAUGUUACCUGAUUGAUGAUUGACCUCACAAUUUUGUCCUAAACUUGGCUUUUGCCAUGAACAAUAAAUAAUGAAGUUUAUUUAUAGAGAUUAAUCCAAAAACAUAUCAAACAAACAUCAUUAUCCAUAGCACAGAUCAACGCACAUGAAGGUAGAACUGUUCUAGGCACCUAAAAGUUUCUAAAACAACUCAAACUUUAACAAACAUCCAGACAAAUCCAGGAAAAAAAACAGAGAACACCAGACAUUAGCAGGAAACAGCUGAGCUGUUUGUUGUAGGAUUUCCCUGGUUGCA